UUUAAUUUCUCUCAUCCAGCAGCCGCUUUCACUUCCUUCUUCCUCUUCAAUCUUCUCCUUCUACUUUCUUCUCGCAGGUUUUUUUUUUCUUUCUCUGUACACACUAGAGCUCGCAAAUCUGGCAAUCGAAAACCAUCAUCAUAAACUUAACUUCGGGGCCUUCAAGGCCAAUCACAAGAAAGUCAUGGGACCGAUGAUAAGAACAGAAGAGGAAGAAGACUGUACGAGUCCACCGUGGCUAAUGCCAAUGCUACGAGGGAGUUACUUCGUCCCCUGUUCGAUCCACGUCGAUUCAAACAAAAACGAAUGCAACUUGUUCUGUCUUGAUUGUGCUGGAAAUGCCUUUUGCUCUUACUGUUUAGUCAAACAUAAAGACCAUCGUGUUGUUCAGAUACGAAGAUCUUCGUACCAUAACGUGGUGAGAGUGAAUGAGAUACAGAAGUUUAUAGACAUCUCCUGCGUUCAGACGUAUAUUAUCAACAGCGCAAAGAUUGUGUUCCUCAAUGAAAGACCUCAGCCUAGAAUAGGCAAAGGUGUUACAAACACUUGUGAAAUCUGUUGCAGAAGCCUUCUUGAUUCUUUCCGUUUCUGCUCUCUCGGCUGCAAGCUUGGAGGAAUGAAGAGAGGAGAUUCAACUCUAACCUUCUCUUUGAAAGGGAAGCAUGGUAGAGAGUACCAAGGUGGGUCUGAAUCAGAUGAAGCUACAACACCCACUAAGAUGCGCAAGACCAAUGCUUUCAACCGUUUGAUGAGUGGUCUCUCGAUCUCAACCGUCAGAUUCGAUGACUACGGUCAAGGUGGUGAUCAACGGUCUUCAAGCUCUGGUGAUGAAGGUGGUUUUAGUUUCUCUCCGGGAACACCUCCGAUAUACAAUCACCGGAACUCAAGCCGACGAAAGGGUGUGCCUCACCGUGCUCCGUUCUAAAACAAAAGAUAAUUACCGAGUUUCAAACCCCAUAAUAAUAAUAGUAAUAAUUAAUUAAAGUAUAAAUAGAAUUAUGGUAUAAAUACCAAUACAAAGUGUAACAAGUCGGGGUGAAAUUUAGGAUGUAGUAAUGUUGUAAAUGGGCUACUCUCUUUUUUAUAGUUUUUUUUUCUUUCUAAAAAGAUAAAAUAAUUAGACACAAAUACAUAAAUACAUUUUUUAUAAAUAUAGAAGAAUUAGGGUUAUAGUGAAAGUGUAUGGUAAUGUUUAGCUUGUUUAAAAGGUAUGGCUUUGUAUUGUGUUGUAAUGUAAUGUAAUGUGUACAUUAAUUUUUGUUCAUACAAUAAUGAUAAUAUCAAGUGAAAUGAUAUAGAACUAAA